AUGAAUUUAGGAUGGGCAACCUCUUUCUACACCGUCGACGCUAACUACCUCGUGGACGGCAACAGAACCGCGGCCAGCAACUACUGUCGCCUCUUCCUCGACAACUACUGGCCCACCUGGUGUUUCGUGGGUACCAAGUGGAACAACUGCGCUGUGCCCCUGUGUCCCAACAUACCCGGCCAGCUGAUUGGAACACCUCCAGAAGACUGCGGACUUCCGCCGCCAGUGCGCAACUCGUAUAUGAUAUACGGCAGUAUCAAAAUCAACUCGACUGUGCUGUACACCUGCAGCAUACCGUACAACUAUAUCACAGGGUCUAUCUCAGCCCGUUGCCAAGACGACGGGACCUGGACCCGGGCGACUCUCGUUUGCUCUCCGUGCACCACCCCGCCUCUGAUACCCAGAACGACGAUAACGUAUUUAGACGCCAACUACACGAUGGUGAACUACACGUGCCUUGAUGUUGAUAUCUACAUCUCAGGCACAACCACUGCCUCUUGCACCUAUGGAAUAUGGGGGACAGCUUCCAUUCUUUGUGCACCCACCACCUGCUGGUUCCAACGACUGGGAGGACUGCCUGCCUACAAGGGCACCACCACAACCACAGCGACUGGCAUCAACUGUGCGGACUGGAGCAACUCCCAACCCCUCUUGAAGCAAAAUUACUACACACUGGAUUCCAGCUUCAUCAUGGACGGCAGCAAAGCCAACGCCAAAAACUACUGCCGCAUCUUCAACGACGGCUACAAAAGCACCUGGUGCUACACCACAGUUCCAGGUGUAGUAUUUGCAGACUGUAAUGUCCCAAUGUGUCCAGAUGUAGCAGGAGUGCUGGUGGUUUAACUCAGGGCUUCUUUGACAGUGCGUCCGGCUGUCCAUUCCUGUCACUCGCCAACUAGAAGGUGCCACAUUGUAGUCAGGUAGCAAGAGCCACCUUGGUGUGUUUAUUCCAGUUCAGGAUUAUGAGUAGGAGUGUUAUGAUUAGGAGGUUUGUCCAUUGCUUGAAUUGCUAUGAUGUGAAACAGCCUGCGUCCUGAAUAAGCAGUCCUCACAACCUUUGUGGGAAAUAUUGUCACACAACUGUCAGUAAUCUAGAUGCCAUGCGGGAAGUUGGUUUAUUCUAUAAGGCAAUGUCCAGGAGACACAGAAGUUGGUUUAUUCUAUAAGGCAAUGUCCAGGAGACAUAGAAGUUGGUUUAUUCUAUAAGGCAAUGUCCAGGAGACACAGAAGUUGGUUUAUUCUAUAAGGCAAUGUCCAGGAGACAUAGAAGUUGGUUUAUUCUAUAAGGCAAUGUCCAGGAGACACAGAAGUUGGUUUAUUCUAUAAGGCAAUGUCCAGGAGACAUAGAAGUUGGUUUAUUCUAUAAGGCAAUGUCCAGGAGACACAGAAGUUGGUUUAUUCUAUAAAGAAAAGUCCAGGAGAUGCAGAAGUUGGUUUAUACUAAAAAGACAAUGUCUAGAAGACUUAUAGGUUGGCUUAUUCUGUAAGACAAAGGGAAAAAUAAGUUGUACAUCCUUGUGAAGAAGAGGGAAAGACAGAGUUGGAUUCCUAGCAAAUCGUGUUGUUUACUGUGUCAAUGUUGAGACAGUCGGCUUCUCGAUGUUCUGUCGACUGCUUUUGUAAACCCGAAAUUUGAUUAGUUUUUGCUUCAUAUUUGUAUUGGUAUCAUGCUUUUAAACAAAUUCUGCUUGCACCA